UCCAGAACCCUACAACAGUUGCAGAUUUCCCAUUCCCAAUUUCGCACCGCCACCAAUCACAAAACAAUCAGCCGCCGUUUCGAAUUCCGGUGGCCUGACAAAAAAAAAAUGACUACUUACGGCACUAUCCCCACGUCAUCAUUCCCCGCCGCCGGCACCCCCGCCGUGAAUCUCGAGUACAUCUCACGCGCCAGGGAGACCAUCACGGCCGGCCUCGGCACCUGCCGCCCAUGGCGGGAGAUGUUCGAUUCCCACCGCUUCGGCAUCCCGACGUCCCUCGCCGACGCGGCGGCGCGCGUGGGGACGAACGCCGCCUACUUCCGCAUGAACUACGCCGUCGGCGUCCUCGCGAUCCUGUUCCUCAGCCUCCUGUGGCACCCGAUCUCGCUCGUCGUCCUCGCCGCGAUGAUGGCGGCGUGGCUGUUCCUCUACUUCCUCCGCGACAAGCCGCUGGCGCUCUUCGGCCGGACGGUUUCCGAUAGUGUGGUCCUGGCCGCGCUGGCGGCGGCGACCAUCGCCGUCCUGAUGCUCACUAACGCCGUCAGCAACAUCGUCGGGGCGAUGCUCACCGGAGUAGCGGCGGUUCUGAUCCACGGCGCAAUGAGGAAGACCGACGAUUUGUCCAUUGACGAGGAGGCUGCUGGUCCAUCUUCUUCCUCUCGAUCUUCAUACUAAUUUUUUUUUCUCUGUUUUUCCUUUGAAUAAAAUAAAGUAUAUUU